GCAUCGAUUUCCCAGCCAAACUCAAUCAUCAUGGCUUUCAAUGAGAAGGCAGCCGUGAAUGACACGGAGCUGGGAAGCCCUAGGGACUCCACUGAAGAGCACGAGGUUUUCAAGAAGACCGAGGACGGCGUUAGCUUCCGCAGUGUUGGGUGGUUCAAGGCGUGUAUCAUUUUCGUGAAGGUCCUCUUCGCGACGGGUGUUCUAUCGCUGCCAGCUUCACUUUACUCCCUCGGUGCGGUGGGUGGCUCGAUCAGUAUCGUCGCAUGGGGCGCGUUUAACACGUACUCUUUCGUGAUUCUGGGCGACUUUCGCAAGAAGCACCCUCAUUGCCACUCCAUCGCCGAUAUGGCAGAAGUUGCCGGCGGUUUCUUCGCAAAGGAGCUUACCGGUUUGCUCUUCCUCAUUGGAUAUGUCCUUGUCGUGGGUAGUGGUAUCAUUGGAGUUUCAACGGCCUUGAAUGCGCUUUCGCACCACUCUGCAUGCACUGUCUGGUGGUCUUUGAUUGGAGCGGUUGUCAUCGUUGCGACAGCUUCUGUACGCAAACUCCAGCAUGUGGGAUGGCUCACAUAUGCAGGCUUCAUCUCAAUCUAUGCCGCAGUUCUGAUAGUUGUCAUUGGAGUCACAACGCGCGACCGGCCAGCUGCCGCGCCUCAGGAGGGCCCUUACGACCUCGGCUAUGUCGCCAUCAACAACCCUGGAUUUGCUGCUGGCAUGGUUGCUUCCAGCACUAUAUUCGUCUCUACGGCCGGUACCAGCGCUUUCAUCCCAGUGAUGUCGGAGAUGCGAAACCCAAAGGAUUAUAAAAAGGCGUUGUAUUGGUGCAUGAUUGUGGUUAAUGCGUCAUACCUCGCUUUCAGCUUGGUUGUUUAUCGUUGGUGUGGACAGUGGGUUGCUAGUCCAUCUUUGGGUAGCGCCGGGCAGACGAUCAAGAUGGUAUCUUACGGUGUUGCACUGCUGGGACUGGUUGUAAGCGCCACAAUCUACUUGCAUGUCGCUGCCAAAUACAUUUUUGUGCGCAUACUAGGUAAUACGCGCCAUUUGCAGGCCAACACUGUCGUUCAUUGGGCGACCUGGCUGGGUUGCACGAUUAGUCUAGGUGCUAUCUCCUUCAUCCUCAGCGAGACUAUCCCUAUCUUCAACUAUCUGGUUGCCCUGAUUGGUCACUACCGAAAUGGUACAUUUAUGCAAAAGGUAAUUUAUCUAUUGCACUGGGGAAUGGUUCUUCUCGGAAUUUUCUUCCUUAUUGGUGCGACGUACGGUGUUGUCAUUCAGAUCAUUGAUGCCUACGCAACGGGAAUGAUUGGCUCCACUUUCAGCUGCCUCGACAACUCCAAUUCAUCAUGA